CUCUGUGUGAAAUCGGACAUGGGCGUCGUUUUGCAGAAGGAUUCCGCGAUUUCAACGUAAAUAUUUAUAUCGCGUUCGGGUUAUUUUGAUUGUGUCAUUCACACUUUGACUUGGAUAGACCAAAAUAGAUGGUAUAUUUUAAAAGUGCGGUGGUUAGUGCCAGAUAAUGGAUAAUUGAUGGAUUGAUACCAUCCGGUGAAUAGGACUAUUGUGGAACGCAGGAGCAUGGUUCUCUUCGUCGAUCUCAAUUAAGUGAUGAGGGAACAAUGAAUAAACGGUCAACUGGUGGUGGAUCUUGGAACAGAAGGGGCAAGCCUUCUAACAAGGAGCUGACUGGUAUGAGAAGGCAGCGUAGCCUGGAAUGGAGAAAUGAGAGAGACUGUAGCUCCAGUGAUGACGAUAUUGCUCGCCCAGUGGAAAGUCAAAUUUUUGCUUCCUUGUUAGCACAAGCGCAGAAGGAAUUUAAAGAUGAUAUUGAGAGAAACUACCGAUCUGAUGACACUGAAGAAAUUGUCAGCACCGACAAUCCAACUUCUCCUUUCCCCGCACCAACACCAAAAUUGGUUUCACCAAGAUCUCCAGUUCCUUUACAUCGCCAAGCAUCACCGUUCCCGUUGGAAAGUAUUAAUUCACGAAGAGUCAAUUACCAACCCGUAACUGAUCGCUUGAGGACCAUUGGUGUUUCAGGAGAAGUUAUUUAUGCUACCGCAAACAUGAAAAACUUAUCAAACAACACCACCCUAAGUCGCUCAGGAAGGCGACAUAGAAUGGGCGGUAUGACAUCGAGUAGCAGCGCCACUUCCUGCAAUAGCAAUUGCAACGAAAAUAUAUUGCAACCUAACGGUGACAUUCCGUACCACGAGCAGCAUACCAGAGCACUGAGCAACGAUGCAAAUGAGGAUUCGCCUCCUGAACCGGCACCACCCGAAAUACCUCCGCGUGGUGGUUCAUUACACUCAACCACUUUGCGACGGCGAACAGAGUAUCAACUUUCAAAUGGGGGUGAUGUUAUUUCCUGUGAUGAAUCACAAUAUCUUCCAGCGG